AACAAGCUCGCCAUGUCACUCAAAUCUUGCUGCGCGACAGGCUCGCUGCACACUGGCACGCCGACAGGUCGUGUCGAGAAGGUUCACGGACUCGACUGCUACAUUGCCGAUGCUCCCAACGGAUCUUCCAAAGGCGUGAUCGUGAUCAUUCCGGAUGCGUUCGGCUGGGAGUUGCCGAAUAAUCGGAUCUUGGCGGACGACUACGCAAAGAAUGGCUUCAAAGUGCUGUUGCCUGAGUUUCAAGCUGGCUGCGGUUUCCCUAUUGAAGCCCUGACCUCCCUCAAAGUCGUGAGCGAACCGGGCUUCCAACUAUGGAAGAUCACCCACUUCUUCACUCUCGCCCGCUAUUUCGUCCCCUUUCUCAUUUCCUGCCGCCAGUCAGUCGCAGGCCCAAAGAUCUACAACUUCCUCGAAGCAGUCAACAAGAACGAAGCGAAAGACUUACCCGUCGGCGUCGCUGGGUUCUGCUGGGGAGGACUGUGGGUUACGAAGCUCUGCAGCAACGAGGUCAAAGCCCAAGACGGAAGCGAUUUGAUUGUCUGCGGGUUCACCGCUCAUCCUUCGAUGUUGACGUACCCGAAUGAUAUUGAAAAGGUCGUUCUGCCGUAUGCGGUCGCUGCACCUGAGAUCGAUCCGCAGAUGUCUCCUGAGAGUGCGAAGCAGACCAAGGAGAUUCUGACCGCUAAGACUGCGAAGUCGAAAGACCAAGGUGUGGAAUUUGAGUUUGUAAUGUAUGACGGCGCUCAUCAUGGAUUUGCUGUGAGAGCAGAUGAGGACGAUACCCAUGAAGCCGCGCAGGGCAAGAAAGCUGAGGCACAGGCUGUGGCGUGGUUCAGCAAGUGGUUCUCGAGCUACAGUGGAUGA